AUGGCCCGCUACUGUGAUUACUGCCACUCGUAUCUUACCCACGACACGCCCAGCGUGCGAAAGAGCCAUCUGGUGGGGAAGAACCACGUACGCCUGCGGAUGGACUACUUCUGCAACAAAGCCCGCCAGACACAUAAAGCCAUUUUCGGAAAGAAGAAACAAGACCUGCAAGCACGUCGCCGUGCCCGUCGCAACUCCAAGCUGCGUGCUGCUGUGCAGGACGCAGUUGCUCACUCCGUAGCUCUGCACUGCGAUACCAACCGUCAAAAACGACAUGCACACCGCACGUCGCAUCCCGUUCCAGAGCCCAUUGGCGUGCUGGAACAACUAUAUCGUCGCGCUCCCGGGUACGCCAAGGUAUUCAGAUCCGAUUGCAGACUUGACACGGGCCAGUCGGUGCGUUUCGACCGCCUGCCGCAACGUGCCAACCGCCGCCCCAACGACCAUAACCGCGGGUUCGCACGUGCACGUGACCGCACUUCCUCACCCGCCGUAUCGUCCGGGCCUGGGUCUGCUGCGGCGCCCAGCGGGCCGGCGACUGCAUCGCGCCACACGGUGUACGCACCGGACUACUCGGAUGCGGGGUCAACCGCGCAGCCCGCGCCACUGCUGCCACCACCGAAGUCGCUAGCGAUGUGGCCCACCGCACCCGCGCUUGUAUACGUGAAUCGCGCGCCAGCAGAGGCGAUCGUGCGCGAGACCACCCGUCGCAUCGAGCGCACGUGA